CUUAUUCUUGUCCUGGAUUUAUGUUUUUAAAUUUCUCCUUUUGUUAUCCAGCUAUAGCAGGCCUCUUUUAUGAGAGUAACCUGACCUCCCUACUAAAGGAUGCACGACUUUCUGGCCAACAGAAGGAUCUUUCUGAAAGUUUGAACCAACGGUGUCUUCCAUAAAUGACCUAUACCUGUUUUUCAUUUUGUGGGUUCAAAUAUUAGCCAUUAAAUCACUUAUCAACAACUUUUGUAAAUUCACUUAGAGCACAGUCCUUGACCUCACUCAGCUGCAAAGAUGAAUAACCAAGGAGAAACUUAUGUAGAACUGAAGGCAGUCAAGAGCUCAAAGAGACAGCAAAUGAAACUGAAGAUUUCUAAAAGUUCCAGUUCAAUAACUGAGCAGGGAUUAACAUAUGCAGAACUAAAUCUUCAAAAUGCUCCUCAGAAUCUUCGUGAGAAUGACAAGAACUACCACUCCAAAGGUUCACCAUCACCUCCAGAGAAGUGCAUUGCUGGGAUCCUGGGAAUCAUCUGCCUUGUCUUGAUGUCCACUGUGGUGACAGUGAUCGUUGUUACUCCCUCUACUGUAAUACGGGAGCAGAAUAACUCCUCUCGGAUAGCAAGACUUCAGAAAGAAUUUCAUUGUGGUUGUUGUUCAAAAGAGUGGUUUACAUAUUCCAACAAUUGCUAUUCUAUUCGUUUGGAAAAAGAAACAUUGAAUGGGAGUUUGAUGUCUUGCUCUACUAAGAAUUCUACUCUGCUUUACAUAGAUAAUGAAGAGGAAAUGAAAUUUCUGAUGUCCCUAUCAAUUACAUCGUGGAUUCCAGUCUUUCGUAAAGGUCGUGGGCAACCAUGGAUGUGGCUAAACGGUUCAAUUUUCAAACUAAAGAUAAAAGACUAUUCACCUAAUGAACAUAAGUGUGCUGUACUAUCCUCAUGGGGCAUAAGAGCAGAAGACUGUCAGACUCCAAAUGGAUAUAAUUGCAAGCAUAAGCUUGAGAAUUAAAAAGUAUUGAACUUGGGCCAUCAGCAGUGAAAGCAUGGAGUCUUUACCACUGAACCACCUGGAAAUUCCCCCUUUUCAAUUUUUUUCAAGAGUUUUUUAUCCAUUUUAUUAAAUAUAUUCAAUAAGAA